GGUAAAAAUGUAAUGCGAAAAAUGGCUGAAUCGAAAAGAUCUACAACAACUUCGUCCUCAUCGAGCAGCAGCAAGUCGCGAAAAUCGCGUAGUGAAUUGAUCCGCACCGUCGUCGGAAGUUAUUUGAAGCAACGCAACUACGUGGUGAAUGACCGUUAUCGUAAGUCCGAUUUGAUCCUAACGCAAUCCGUCGAACAAUUCGUAAUGAACACUGCCAUCAAGAACGAAAUAUCUAAGGCAAAUAGUUUUCUGUUUUCAAACAUCUUCUGCCUAAACAACAAUCCAGCUCAAGUUGAGCUGCAUUUCACCAAACUUUGCAAUUUUAUCGAAUGUCAACCGGAGCAAGUUCGACUCGAACUGUCGGAACUGGUUAAUCCCUUACUUUGCCAUCUGUACAUUGAAAUGCUGAAAGGGCGCGAUUGGCGUCCGGCAAUCGAGUUCCUGCGGAAUCACGCUCCACUGCUGGGCCAUAUCGAACCGUCGUCGGCGCCAGUUGGCAAUUCCCCGCUGAUCAUGAAUCAGAAAAUUAACGGAACAGUCGAAGACCAGCAGACCGCUGGUAUUCCCGUUUCAACGGUGCAGCAUGCAGCGAUCGUGUACUCACCGGCGUCGACAGUGGCCACUACGAAUACCGCCGGUGCAUCCAAACUAGAAACAUUUAAACAAUUAAUCAGCAAAUUGUCACAGAUCACCCGCAUUCAGGAUUUGGAAAGUGAUCCGCUCACACUGCAGUUCCGAUCCUGUCAGUACGAAAUCCGCCUUUGUCAGGCGGCUGUUGUUGCGCUACGUCGAUAUUUGGGCAAAUACGGCCAUUCGUUGAUACUUCACAUCUUGCGAAACUGGUUCUACUUCGACACCAGCGACGACAAAGAUUUUGCUGACUACAGUCCGGAUACGGUGGAAUCGGAACAGUCGAAGAAACCUCGGUUGGUGGUUGCCAAUGGACAGGAACUAAUUAAUGGAGAUAUUUCGAUGGAGCUCGACGCUGUGGAAGCUCCUGAACCGGAGUACAAUUUCUCCGAACACACAGAGGAGGAAAAUAAUAAACACCUACUACGGAAUGGUUUCAGUCAUGGUUUUCUUUCGCACAAAAUUCGUCAGCUAAAUCGUGGCGGUUUUGAUGCGGAUGGUAAUGCGUUAGAGAAUCGUGGACGGUCUGCCGAGCUUUCCACGGUUAAUAUGGAUGACGAUGAUGAAGAUGAUAGCGCAGAAGAUUUGCCGUCACUAGAGGAACUACCGGCGAAGGUGGAAGAUGCAUCGUUUCCAGAUGGUAGUGAGCAACAGCUGGCAGAUGAUAUUGGUGGUUUAUUUCGCAAAAUAACUUCAGCGGAACGGUUGCGGAAGUUGCGCGAAUGUCAGCAAAGACUGUCCCACUACAUGGCGCCACUUUGCGUCUACCAGGUGGAGAACGUUGACGAUCGGUUAACGUCGGUGGCGAUCGACUCGGACAGUUGUCACCUGGCCAGCGGAUUCGAGGAUUCUUCCAUCAUGAUUUGGUCGGUCAACCGCAGUACGCAGAUUGGCCGAAAGCCGUACGCUACCGUACAGGAUCGGCAAUGCAGCUGGAAUGUGACUUCAUGUGAUAGUAGGUUUAGUGAGGAUGAUGAGGAGGAAGAGGAUGAAAGCGACGCUGCUGCUAGUGGAAAUGAUUGGAGGGAGGAAACUGCACACCACUCAGAUAGUGCACGAGAUGGUAGCAGCUUGGGGAACUUGUUUCGCGUCCGAUCGCAAUCGGAGAUUAAUAGGCUGAACAAGCUGCUGCCUGUUUACAGCAGGCGUCAGAACAAACGUGAGCGAUGGAAGCAAUUUAUGGAGCGCCGGUGCAGUGAAAAUGUUUACACCGAAACGGGAGGAGUGACGCUGCGCGGCCAUUCCAGUGCCAUUACCGAUCUGCUCUUCUCCGGUCACGGUCCGUUACUGAUGAGCGUUUCACGGGACCGAACCAUGCGGACGUGGCACGCAUCCGACUAUAACUGCCGAGCAGUCUACCGAGGUCACAACCACCCGCUCUGGUGCGUUGCGGAAAGUCCUACCGGCUUGUACCUAGCCACGGGGUCACGCGAUACCACGGCACGUCUUUGGUCAACGGAACGGGAAUUUUCACUGCUAACCUUCGUGGGCCAUACGCAGGACGUCGAUGCGGUUGCUUUCCAUCCGAACGGAAACUACCUGGCGACUGGGUCGACUGACUUGACCGUCCGACUUUGGUGCGUCGCCACUGGGAGGCUACUUCGGGUCUUUACCGAUUGUCGACAGCCGAUCCAAACGAUUUGCUUCAGUCCGGACGGAAAAUACCUGGCGGCCGGUGGUGAAGAAAGCCGGGUAAGAAUUUUCGAUCUAUCCGCUGGUUCUCAGUUAACUGAACUGCGUGAUCACACAUCGGCAGUGACGUGUGUUACCUGGAGCUCAAACGGGCACCAUUUAGUAUCGGCCGGUGCAGACGGUAUAGUGCGCAUUUGGGAUGCAGUUCGAAUGGUUUCAUCUUCCUCGACGUCUGGUGGCAGUGGUGCAUCGACUGGUAGUCAGCAAAAUGCAACCAAUAGUCCUAACGCUGCUACCGCUAGCAGCAGUAGCAACAGCGGCAUCAGCUCAAGUAAUUCUACGAAUCAGAAAAGUUCCAACUCCAGUGGCUCUUCGUCAUCAAGCAAUAAUCUCCUGCUGGCCUAUGCGACAGGUUGCCGCCGAAUCUACCGAGUACGCUACAAUCACCUCAACGUAAGUCUCGGUUGUAUAGGCAACAGCUAAAACGCACGAGUUUUAAGUAUUAUUUAUUGCUACUCUUUGUCGUUCUCGUCCCCCUUGUCCCCUUUCAUAUACUCAGAGUGUUCCGCUGUUGAAUCCUUUGCGGCAGCAUGUUUAGUUUAUACUAGUUGUCCUAGAUGGAACGGAAAUAAUGUGACG